ACUACAGAAAAUAUGGCUCGCCCUGCUGCAAGCACUGAUGGCAGUGCGUUGGCCGUCACGCUUGUAGGUUGGCUCCUUGUUCUCCAGCUUCUCCUCCUGGCGCCGGCGCCUACCGCCGCGAGGAGGGCGACGAGCGUCAACCAGACGCCCAACUUUCUGUCCAGAAAGCCGCCAAGGUCGGGCACCAACGCCCUGCUCAAAAAGGCGCGUCGUCGCAACCGCAACACGGACCUGCUGGGCAGCGCCGCGGCGGACGACGCCGGCUACGUCGUCCUCUACAACGUCUCCAUCGGCGCCACGCCGAACGACGUCUCCGGCGUGGUGGACGUCCUCAAUGAUUUCGUCUGGACAACGCAGUGCGUGGCCGCGCCGGUGCGGGUCCAAUGCGCCAGCCAGACGUGCCGGAGCCUCCUGGCCAACGACACCAUGGACGCCUGCGGCGGCAACCCCAGCGGCGACGAUACCUGCAGCUACGUCAACGUGUACGCGCCUGGGAGCAACACCACCGGCUUUCUCGCCAACGAGACGGUCGCCGUGGGGAGCUUCGUGGGAGCAGCGAUAUUGGGGUGCAGCGCCGCCAACAGCACGGGACCCCUCGUCGGCGAGGUCGGCAGCUUCGGCUUCAACAGGGGGGCGCUCUCCCUUGUGUCGCAGCUAAGCGUCAGCAAGUUCUCCUACUACCUCGCCCCCGACGAAGCAGGCAGCUCCGACUCCGAGAGCGUUGUGUUACUCGGCGACGCCGCCGUGCCGCAGACCAGGGGCGGCGGCCGCUCAACGCUGCUGCUCAGGAGCACGGCAUUCCCAGACGUCUACUACGUCAAGCUAUCCUCCAUACAGGUUGAUGGACAGGCCCUGAGCGGCAUCCCCACUGGGGCGUUCGACCUUGCUGCCGACGGCAGCUCCGGUGGCGUGGUCAUGGGCACGCUGUCCCCCGUCACCCGCCUCCAAGUGGACGCCUACAACGCCUUGAGACAAGCACUGGUGAGCAAGAUCAACGCGCAAGAGGUGAACGGAUCAGCGUUCGCCGGCGGCGUCUUCGACCUGUGCUACGACGCGCAGUCCGUGGCGACACUGACGUUCCCAAAGAUUACGCUGGUGUUCGACGGCGGGAACGCGCCGGCUACGUUGGAGCUCACGACGGUGCACUACUUCUUCAAGGACAACGUCACCGGGCUGCAGUGCUUCACCAUGCUGCCGAUGCCAGUGGGCACACCGUUCGGCUCUGUCCUCGGAAGCAUGGUGCAGGCUGGCACCAACAUGAUCUACGACGUCGGCGGCGAGACGCUGACGCUCGAGGAGGGCGCAGCGGCUCCGCCCCCCUCACAGGUGGUGUCGCUCAUGGCGAUAGCCUCCCUGCUCCUUGCUUGGGUGCUACUCUUCUAGCUAGAUGAUCAUCUCCAUCGGGUGUACUGUUCCAUCUUGUUCCGUUGUUUUGCCAAAAGAAAUAUUUCAGCAUUGUGGUGUAUUCAAUAUGUCAUGUAACUGUGUCUGUAAGAUGCUUGUACCUUUUCUGAAAUAUAUUGCCCCUUUGUAAAA